GCGGCGGCGCUGGAGCGCGCCGGGCGUGAGCUGGGACUGGGCGACCGGGGCGCAGGCGAGUGGCGCGCCCUGCAGUUGGCGAUCGAGGGCUGGGGGCCAGCCGAGGGCGCCGAUGACGCACCGUUGCCGGACACUUUCUGCAGCGCGGCGGUGGAGGUCGGCCUCGGCGCCGGGCGCUUCCGCCUCCGCCUGGCGAGGCACGGCUCCGCAGCGCUGAGGGCCGCGGAGGAGGCCGGCGACUUCGACCUCGCCCCGCUGGAGCUGCAGCUGGUCGCCACCAGCCCCGUGGGCGACGGGGCCCUGGCGAUCUCAUGCGGCCACACGGAGGAGACCACGCGGGCGGGCGCCGGGCCUGCUGCGGGCGGGCGCCGGGCCAACGCAACCACGAUUCUCGCGAGCCUCGGGCCCCCCCUUUCCCCGCCCUGCCGCCGCGACGACGACGACGACUGA